GCAACGAGCUAUGUUGCCUUUGGUCAUCAAAGCUCUCCAGCAUCAACGCAACGCGCCUUCCAAACCAUCACAACCUAAUUCCUCAGCUCCCUCACCCACCAACCUCAGAUCAAUCGAUCUACCCUUGCUCUCCCACCCAAGACAACGGCUCGCCACUUUUUUAUCAACACCUAGAGGCCAGAGCUCGCUCAUCCACAGGGCCACGCACGCUACACCCAGCCCGCGAACCGCUCUCACCCCGGCCCAACCUCACCAUGUCAGACGAGGCGCGCCAGCACUCCCUCUCCUCCUUCAAGACUAAACUGCUGGAGUCGAGGGAGUGGGAGGCCAAGCUCAAGGCGCUGCGGUUGGAUAUCAAGGGGUUGCAGAAGGAUUACGAUCAUACGGAGGAUAACCUCAAGGCAUUACAAAGCGUAGGGCAGAUUAUCGGGGAGGUCUUGAAGCAAUUGGACGAUGAGAGAUUUAUCGUGAAAGCCUCCUCAGGCCCCCGCUAUGUCGUCGGCUGCCGCUCAAAAGUCGACAAGGAGAAGCUCAAGCAAGGCACCCGCGUAGCGCUCGACAUGACAACCCUAACCAUCAUGCGCAUGCUCCCCCGCGAAGUCGACCCGCUCGUCUACAACAUGUCGCUCGAGGACCCCGGACAGGUCAGCUUCGGCGGGAUCGGCGGGCUGAACGAGCAGAUCAGGGAGCUGAGAGAGGUCAUCGAGCUGCCGCUUAAGAACCCGGAGCUGUUCCUGAGAGUUGGGAUUAAACCCCCAAAGGGCGUUUUGUUAUAUGGGCCGCCGGGGACGGGGAAGACGUUGUUGGCGAGGGCGGUGGCGUCGGGGUUGGAGACGAAUUUCUUGAAGGUCGUCUCCUCCGCCAUCGUCGACAAAUACAUCGGCGAAUCCGCCCGCCUCAUCCGCGAAAUGUUCGGAUACGCCAAAGAGCACGAGCCCUGCAUCAUCUUCAUGGACGAAAUCGACGCCAUCGGCGGGCGUCGCUUCUCCGAAGGCACCUCCGCCGACCGCGAGAUCCAGCGCACGCUCAUGGAACUCCUCAACCAGCUCGACGGCUUCGAUUACCUCGGCAAGACCAAGAUCAUCAUGGCGACGAACCGUCCGGAUACGCUUGAUCCGGCCCUGUUGAGAGCGGGGAGACUGGACAGGAAGAUUGAGAUUCCACUGCCGAAUGAGGUGGGGAGGUUGGAGAUUAUGAAGAUUCAUGCGGCGGGGGUGGUGACGGAGGGGGAGAUUGAUUUUGAGAGUGUGGUGAAGAUGAGUGAUGGGUUGAAUGGGGCGGAUUUGAGGAAUGUUGUUACCGAGGCCGGCCUCUUCGCCAUCCGCGACUACCGCGACGCAAUCAACCAGGACGACUUCAACAAAGCGGUUCGCAAGGUUGCGGAAUCGAAGAAGUUGGAGGGGAAGCUGGAGUACCAGAAGCUGUAAUGGUGAGGGGAGGGGGGGUUUGGCUUGGGGGGUGAACCAAUUCACUUGUAGGAUGGCGCGCGUGCGGGCAUCGGUAUUGGCAGGACGGGGGCGGGCGUACAAGCAUGGAUCGAGCUCAUCUGUAAUAUCAUGGAAUGGGAAUUAUACAGACUAUAUUGCGGGGAUUUAUGUUUGUGACGUCUGGUUAGGACCAGUGCGGGGGAGUAUUGUGCUUGGACGUGCUUGUGAUUGUGACCUGCACGUCGCCACCACCUCCCCUUUUUUCGUGGCUAUGCGAGACUACUACAGCCUCCUAGCUGCUCUACCCCUGAUCUGACAUAUCCAGUCGCCUCGUCAAUGUCCCGUUUUGGGAGGGUUCCCCUUUCAUCGUGGCUAUGCUAAAGAGUCCGUUUAUAUAUCCUCUGCCGUGCAUCCCCACGUACAGCAACGACAGGAACAGGCAGGGAAGGGGCCAACCCGGCAACUCACUAGAUCGAUAUUGUACUUGGAUAGCCGUAUACUAAAAGUCCGAGUUGGGUUUUGUCUGUCUGUCUCUGCGGGCAUUGGCAUUGGCAUUGGCAUU